UGUUUUCUGCUCAUGGCACACAUGGAUGUCCUCCUCGUCCGUGUAGUUUGACAUAUGGCUGGGCGCAGGACCAGGCGAUGAAUAACACAGAGGAGUCACCGGCGCACCGAGCUCUGACCGGCUGCGUCCUGGCGCUGCUCAUCAUCUGGACGCUUUUAGGCAACUUCACGGUGUGCGCAGCCGUUUUUCGCUUCCGGCACCUGCGCGCCAAAGUGACCAACAUCUUCAUCGUGUCACUGGCUCUGUCGGACCUCCUGGUCGCCGUGCUGGUGAUGCCGUGGAAAGCCGUGGCCGAGGUGGCGGGCUUCUGGCCGUUUGGGGGCUUCUGUAAGACCUGGCUGGCCUGCGACAUCAUGUGCUCCACGGCCUCCAUCCUCAACCUGUGCGUCAUCAGUGUGGACCGAUACUGGGCCAUCUCCAACCCCUUCCGCUACGAGAGGAGUAUGAACAAGAAGGUGGCCUACGUUAUGAUCGGCGUGACCUGGACCGUCUCCGUGGUCAUCUCAUUCGUCCCCGUGCAGCUGAACUGGCACCGGCCGGAGAUCGGUGAUCCGGCCGCCGAGGGCUCGGCGCCUCACGGUGAGAGCGUCGACGGGAGCUGUGACUCCAGCCUGAGCCGCACUUACGCCAUCUCCUCCUCCCUCAUCAGCUUCUACAUCCCCGUGGCCAUCAUGAUCGUCACAUACACCCGCAUCUACCGGAUAGCCCAGAUGCAGAUCCGGAUGAUAUCCUCCUUGGAGCGUGCGGCGGAGCACGCGCAGAGCUGCCGCUCGGAAGUACCUGAGUCAUUUCCUCACCUGUGCACGGAAAUCAGUGCCAACUCCUAUCAGUCUCGCAUCCGUCUCCACCCUGACCCCCAGCACUCCACUGAGUCACACAGGGAGCUCAAAGUCUCCAUCAGAAAAGAGACCAAAGUCCUGAAAACUCUGAGCAUCAUCAUCGGGGUUUUUGUCUGCUGCUGGCUGCCGUUCUUCCUCCUGAACUGCGCUCUGCCCUUCUGCCCCGGACCGGACGCCCCGGGGGCGCAGCGGGGUCCCUACUGCGUCAGUGAGAAAACCUUCGACGUGUUCGUGUGGAUCGGCUGGAGCAACUCGUCCCUCAACCCGAUCAUCUACGCGUUCAACGCGGACUUCAGAGACGCCUUCCUGCGCCUGCUGCGCUGCCGCGGACGGAGCUGCUGCGCGGCGGUGAGCGCGGCGGUGGAGACCGUGAUGGCGAGCAGAGAGGCCGCGCGCCUGAAGCAGGAGAGCCCGCUGAACGUGAAGCUGAGCGUCUCCAGCGCCGUGAGAACCGGCGGGAGUGAGGACAGCGGGAACAGCGGGGUGACUGUGUUCUAUCACAGAGGGACGGCCUCGGAGCAGGUGACCGACACCGAGGAAAGUAACGACAAAGUCAGACUGACGCAGAUACCGAAGUGACCCCCCGUUUAUCAAAUGCCACGUUCCGGGUCAGGGAGCAGCAGGAGGGUGAUGACACCCAGCCACAGGUGUAGUACAAGCCUGCUGGAUGAAGGAGGGAAUUUACUCAUAAUGUGAGUCGAACAGGCAUGUGCACAACAAGACGCCUUGACAGGUGAGGUGUAGUG